AUGACUGCACCUCCAGAUUUUAUCAACACUGGAGGUUUCUAUUCGCAGCCUCCUCCCGUUUUCGAAGAAGAACAUCAGAGAUAUAGUGCAGCGAGAUCGUCUUCUCCGUUUACGAGUAGUAGCGAUGGUUAUAAUUACGGUCCUCAAGAAAUUCCUACUUAUUCCAAGAACGAACCGUCACCGGCUUUCGUGCAGCCACCAUAUCAACGAAGCUUUGCCUCGAACAGUUUUGGAUACCGUCCUCCCAUUCCGUCGAAUGCACCAGCUUCCUCUUGGCAGAAUGUGAAUUUGGGCGGCGAAUUCAUCACGGAACCUGCUGUCAAUAUCGCCCGCGCAUAUGGUGAACAGCUGGCACAACAGGGCAAGGAAAAAAGAUGGAACAAAGAGGAUACUCGUACAGGCAGCUACAAAUCGCCUAGACAUGACGUGAAUUGUACGGAUUUGUACAUUCCUCGUAAAUUUUCUCCUGAACAACUUGGACUGCUGUCAAGUACGGUGGUAGCUUGGCUUGUUUUCGAGAACAUAGCUUUCGUCCUCACGCGGUACAUACUGGCGAUUUCGGACGCGAUCCUUUUUUUUGAGACGCUCGCUUUCACUGGUUAUAAAUACGUGGGGAUGAUCGUCAGCUUGUUUUUGUAUUUGCUUGGAGGAAGAUCUAUGUACUUUAGUAGCCUUGGAUAUUGCGCCUUCGCAGUCACGUUUUUCUUGGUGCGUACGAUGAAAGUGUUUAUGCUGGAUUCCAUAAAUAUAGAAGAUGGGAGGAAAAGAAAAAUUUACCUCCUCUUGUUUAUUAUUUUAACGCAGCCGUUCAUCAUGUGGUGGCUGACCAGUUCAUUGAUAGCCAGCGAUGUUCCUGUCGAAAUUGUUUCGAAGUCGUUAUAA